AUCUCCAUUAUAUGCUCAGGAAAAAUCAGAAGAGAAUGUUUCUUCGAGGACUUUGACGGCCAUGAGCAAAUAUUCCAGGCAACAUUUGGUAACAAAUGGUAUACAUGGUCCUUCAACAAUUGGAGAAGUUCUUCCUCUGAACAUUCCACAUCUGGGUUUGAAUGGAGGGAACAUUCAAAUAGGACAAACAAGUGGAAAAAUGAAAGUGAUACUGAGCAUGAAGAUGAUGACUCAUGUUGUGAAGGAUCAAGUUCUGAUAGGACUGUUCUGGGUCUGCCUCCAACAGGUCCAUUAAAGAUUGAAGAUGUUAAAAAUGCUAUCCGGUUAUCGGCUUUAAAAUGGCAUCCUGAUAAGCAUCAGGGCCCUUCCCAGGCAAUGGCUGAAGAAAAAUUCAAACUGUGUGUAAAUGCAUACAAAACAUUAUGCAAUGCUCUCUCCCCAUCUUAGGUGGCUUGUUACAGCUUCAAGUCAGUAAAGAUAUCCAUCACAAUUGAUCAAUGUAGUACGAUUAAAUUUAUUAUUUUGGGUUGGCAUUUAAUUCACAGUAAGGUCAUAAUUUCACUCUCUUAGUGGAAAAGAAGUUAAUUUUUUGACGCAAAUAUAAUUUUCCGACUAUGGGAUGCUCCCUUGAGUUAUAUCUUGUGAUUUGAUGAUCAUUAGACAUUUUUUAAAGAGUAAUUACUACAAAGCAAAAUAAUCAUCUCAUGCGGAUUUGUUAACAGAAUCAGGAUGGAAUGCAAUGGAACAAUCAUGUUUUUCC